AAAACUGACAUGCUGGCCAGCUGAUUUUGGUCAGAAACUUCCUGUAUUUGUUUCGCUCGGACACAAAGUAAAAGUUUCGCAGUGGUGAAAGAAAAUGGCUCGUAAAAGUGAUAGAGGUGGAAAAGUGUUUAUGUCAGGGACAUCGAAGUAGUACGGAAGUUUUGUUUGGAACAGAAGAAAAAACAAUUAUCUUUCGUGUGAGAUUGGGGACAAAAAAAAGCUCAAAGUUGGCUCGUAUUGAUUUUUCCACUGGAAGUUUGUGACACGGAGCGAGGAAAAAAUUGCUGCGUAGAGACAAAGUUUAGUGAUAAAUUCAAUAGUGGACACUUGCACAAGUUCUCCACAUUUCAUCUCUAUUGUGUGGGCUGUUUGGAAAAUUGGAAAAAAGCACAUACGAUUGAAUUCAGCAAUUCAUAAAAGGCGCAAAAGACCCCGCAUUUUGCGUAGGGCAUGUUUGAUGGACAGUGGACACCGAAGUGUCGUCUAUGGCCGAUUCCGUAAGAAAUCAAUCGCUCUCUGCAGUGACGGAGGGGCAUACUGCCAAUAAUUUAUCAACAGAGGAACAGAGAAAUACCCGUUUGAGACGUCAUCGUGCCAACUUGUACAAUAGAUCAUCCUCUCCAGAUUGCAUAGCAUACAGAACACGAUCGAGACUUCGUGGCUGUGGGGUUGCAUUGAAGGGGGGCAAUUGUGUGGUGGAUCAGAGUGAAGAAAGUCAUACGAGUGCUGAAGGAAGCAGUGGAUUGCGUACGAAUAGUAGUUUGGGUCAACAGAGUGAAUCCCGCGAUUGUAUUGCUUAUAGGACAAGAUCGAGGAGAAAUAUCGAUAAUCAGUUUUCUAGUUCAGAGAAUAAUUUUAUCCAGAAAGGUGUUAAGAGAUCACGUCCUGGAUCCUACCUUCCCACCAUUGACGAAGAAGCAGCUGAAAAUUCAUCGUCAUCGUCAUCAUUUUCCUUUUCAUCUGUGGAUUCAGUGUGCAAUUUUGCCGUGUUUGAUCCACACAAUCAACAGAGUAGUGGAUCAAGUGGUGGCAGUGGACACUUUAGCAAGCGUCUCAAGUUGUCUGACAUACGAGAGACUCAUCAGCAACAGCAAAAUCCCGAAACAAGUGGCUCCAGUAAAGCCCCGAACCUGGGGGCACGUUUAGCGAGAGGCAGCAGUGGUCGGGAGCCCCAGCAUCAUCAGUCCGAGUCGCAGGGGCACCCACCAAGCCUGCUAAAACGCAGUUCUCGUGGCAAGGGCACAUCCCAAGCAGCAACGACGGGUUCCUGUGUGAGCUCCCAUAGUCGUGGCCAAGCAGGAGUUUCACAUCAGCAGAACAGCAGCAGCGCCUCGACAUCGUCAAAGUACCAGGGCGGAAGUGCAGGUGGUGCUGGUGCAUCUACAACUUUGGGUGGUACAACACGCCAUCAUCAUCAUACGCACCAUCAUCACCACAAUUCGAGUGGGCAGAGUGGUCAGUUUGAGGGUAGUUCGGGGGGAGCAUCGACGUCCGGAAUGGCCAGUGAUCAGGGUCAGAGGGGUGGAGAGACCAAUCCGACUGUAAAGUUGCACAAGAGUAGCCUCAUGUCGACGUCAUCGAGUGCUUCUGGGGCAUCAGGAAGUGGCCUCACGGAAGCUUCCAAUAUGCAUUUGUUGACACAGCCCACCACAAGCAGUGCCAGUUCUUCAAGUGCUGCCAAUACCAGUGCCACAAGUGGCCAAUUGCCACCACAUCCCGACUCUGAGAGUGAUGACAGUGAGGUUGGACGUCUUCAGGCUCUACUUGAGGCACGUGGAGUGCCUCCACAUUUAUUUGGUGCCCUUGGACCGCGAAUGCAUCAUUUGUUGCAUCGUUCAAUGGGAGCCAAUAGUUCGUCGAAGGCACAGCAAUUGCUACAGGGAUUGCAGUCACAGGAUGAGAGUCAGCAACUUCAGGCGGCCAUUGAGAUGUGUCAGAUGUUGGUGAUGGGCAAUGAAGAUACACUCGCUGGAUUUCCCAUAAAGCAAGUUGUUCCUGCGCUCAUCACUUUGCUGCGGAUGGAACAUAAUUUUGACAUAAUGAACAAUGCAUGUCGUGCUCUGGCAUACAUGCUGGAAGCCCUUCCGCGAUCAUCGGCCACCGUGGUGGAUGCCAUUCCGGUGUUUCUGGAGAAAUUGCAGGUGAUCCAGUGCAUGGAUGUGGCUGAGCAGAGUCUGACGGCACUGGAAAUUCUGUCGAGACGUCACAAUAAGGCCAUUUUGCAGGCAAGUGGAGUAGCAGCUUGUCUUACAUAUCUCGAUUUUUUCUCCAUCAAUGCUCAACGGGCUGCAUUGGCCAUUACGGCCAAUUGUUGCUUGAAUUUGCACGCUGAAGAAUUUCACUUUGUCAGUGAUUCUCUGGCAUUGCUGGCCAGAUUGCUGGCACAGCAGGAUAAAAAGUGUGUUGAGAGUGUUUGUAGUGUGUUCUAUCGAUUGGUGGAUAGUUUUCAGCAUGAUUCGGGGAAGUUGCAGGAGAUUGCGAGUAUGGAGUUGCUGAAGAAUUGUCAGCAAUUGUUAGUGGUGACUCCGGCUGUUCUCAAUUCGGGCACAUUUACCAAUGUUGUGCGAAUGUUGAGUGUUAUGUGUGCCAAUUGUCCGGAUUUGGCAAUAACUCUGCUGAAGAAUGAUAUUGCCGCGACGUUGCUGUAUCUUUUGACUGGGAGUGCAGAUGCAAUUUCGGUGGGAGAUGUUGAACUUGUGGCACGAAGUCCGUCGGAAUUGUAUGAGAUUACGUGUUUGAUUGGGGAAUUGAUGCCGAGGUUGCCGACAGAUGGCAUUUUUGCUGUGGAUAUUUUCCUAGAGCGUUCAGCCGGAGGGAAUCAGGAUCAGAUUCAGUGGCAAUGGCGGGAUGAUCGUGGAGUUUGGCAUAGUUAUUCGGCAAUUGAUUCCAGGAUGAUUGAGGCAGCACAUCUCAAUAGUGACGAUGAGAUAAGUUUGAGCGCCCUCGGGCGGACGUAUACGAUUGAUUUUCACUCAAUGCAGCAGAUCAAUGAGGAUACAGGAACAACAAGGCCAGUCCAGAGGAAGAUCAAUCCAACGAGCAAUGAACACUUGCAGGCCAUCUGUCAGGAGAAUCAGGGCAAUUCGGGAGAUUUGGUGGGUUUCACAGGGACGGUUAAUCUGGCCAUGAGACCACCAAGUGCCUACCGGGAUGCCCGAAUUGCCUGCCUGAAGGAGGAACGUGGCCUAGCGGCGGAAUUUGUGAAGAAUCUCUUCUCAGUUCUCUACGAAGUCUACAGCUCAUCGGCUGGUCCGGCUGUGCGAUAUAAGUGCCUCCGUGCACUUCUCCGAAUGGUAUUCUUUGCCAAUGCCGAUCUCCUGCGUGAUGUGCUGAAGAAUCAGAUUGUAUCUUCGCACAUUGCCGGCAUGAUGGCAUCGAAUGAUCUGAGAAUUGUUGUUGGUGCCCUUCAAAUGGCCGAGAUUCUAAUGCAGAAACUCCCAGAAGUUUUUGGUGUGCAUUUUCGGCGUGAAGGUGUUAUGCAUCAGAUUCAUCAAUUGGCCGAUCCAACAAUUCCCAUUUGUGCUAAUCCCUCUCCAAAACUCAUUACAAAUCCCGGAAGUGUUAGUGCACCGGCAAGUGCCAGUGGAUUGCACAAUAAUGCCUUUGAUUUUGAGGCAUCAUCAUCGAAGAUUGCAAAUAAUUCGCAACAUGUGAAGAAUUUGAGUGGAACAAUGAUAAUCACGCCGAAAAUGAGCAUUUCCAUGCCGUCAACGAGUGGAGUUCAGCAAGCUGCUAGCCUUCCGGGUACCAGCAAUCACUUGUCCAUGAGCAGUGGAAGUAGAGGUGCUUCGUCGAGUUUAAUGUCAACCAGUCUUCAGUUGGACUGUCACAAUGUCUCAGGAAUGUCAACUUCAGCAGUUUCACCGCACAAUGGUAGUCUCCUCUUUACAUCCAUCUACAACAGCAGCACCCCAAUUCCCAUGAGUACAGAUUCCAGUUCCACCAGUAACAACUCCAUCCAGCAUGUCUCACAGAAUCACAGUGAUCUGCUAAAUCUCACGGAUUCCGGCAUUGUCGAUCGCAGUCAGACCCAAACACCAGGAAUGCAGACCAAAAUGACGGAUAUUCUCAAGAGGAAGGUGCCACCGAAGAGGAAACCCCAAGGUGGAGGGAGAUCAUCAAAAUCCCGUCAGGACGAUACAACAUCCACCUCGGCUCCGGCUGCAGUCACUCAGUCUUCGGUGAUGCAGGAGCUCUUCAAUAAAGCCACGACACUCGGCUCAAGUGGACGCAAUACACCAUCGAGCUCAUCGACGUCAUCGCGUUCACGGUUUGGCGGCUCGUCAAAGACAACAUCGUUCCUGGCGUCACUGAAUCCAGCCAGAUGGGGACGUCAGACGAGUCAUGGAUCAUUCACCAAAGACACCAGCUCUUCCAGUACGCUCAGCAAGAGUCCGUCGAAUUCCAAUUUGAUUGCAGCAGGGAAUCGCGAGAAGGCACGCCAGUGGAUUCGUGAGCAGGCCAUCUCUUUUGUGCAGCGCUAUGCCGAACAGGAGGCUUCCGGGUCCAUUCACUCAGCAUCAAUGGUGCUUGCACGUCUCCAAGACGUGAUUGUGAAACUUAAUGGAAAUUCAGCUGAAUGCAUUGAGGCACUCCAUGAGCUUCAGAGGAUCCUCAUUGAGAGUGACAUUUCGCCAUUUGAGGUGAAUUACUCGGGUUUGAUAAAAGCCAUGUUGAAUUUCAUGGCUGCUGAUCAGGGAAUAGUGUCCAGAGAUGAUAGACUGAGAGCAUUCUUGCACGUAUUUGCUGGUUUGCCACUCGAUGCUGGAUUCUGUGGUCCACUUGCCACAAUCAAUCCAGUGUCAUUUAGUGCUUUCGUAGCUAAAUUGAAUGGUUGUGUUACGCAAUUGGAGCAGUUUCCAGUGAAGGUGCAUGACUUUCCAGCUGGCGUCGGUGGAAGAUCCAACACAAGUGCCCUUAAAUUCUUCAAUACACAUCAGCUCAAGUGCAAUCUCCAGAGACAUCCGGACUGCACGAAUUUGCGUCAGUGGAAGGGAGGUACAGUUAAGAUUGAUCCUCUAGCUCUGGUGCAGGCCAUAGAAAGGUAUCUUGUGGUCAGAGGAUAUGGUGGUAUUCGUGUGGAUUCUGAAGAGGAUUCCGAAGAGGAUAUUGAUGAUAAUGUGGCAGCUGUUGUUAUGUCUCAGGGUGGUUUCAAGCACAAACUUCAGUUUUUAAUUGGUGAUCAUAUUCUCCCAUACAAUAUGACAGUUUAUCAGGCGGUUAAGCAAUUUUCGCCCCUUGUCAAUGAUCAAUCGGAAACAGAUACGGAUACUGAGACACCAAUUGGUAAUGCUAGUAUUUGGGUGCAACAACAUACAAUCUACUAUCGUCCAAUGGAAGAUGAUCCGGCUGUGGGCAGCAAUAAGAGUGGCAGUAGUGGUAGUUCGAAGAAGAGUGGCAAGAGUUCAGCGGCCAAAUUGAGUAGGAAGAAGACGGAAUUUUGGACAGAGGGAACUGUUCCACAGAUUACAUCACCUCUAACACCAUUCCUUGUGACAUCACUGCCAGGAGAUAUUGUAACUGUUCAGGAUGCCUCAUUGGAUGCUCUCUGUAUGCUGCGAAUUGUCAAUGCGCUCAAUCGUCACUGGGCCCAUUUGUACAGUGGUGUUGUUCAUAUCAAUAUCAUUCCACAGUCUGAAUUUGUGCAUUCAAAGAUAACAGCUAAGGCCAAUCGGCAACUCCAGGAUCCACUUGUGAUAAUGACUGGCAAUCUGCCACAGUGGCUUCAGCAGAUUGCCAUGGUGUGCCCGUAUUUGUUUCCAUUUGAGACACGUCAUUUGCUCUUCUAUGCUGUCUCCUUUGAUCGGGAUCGUGCACUCCAGCGUCUCUUGGAUACAACACCAGAUCUCAAUACCGGAGACACAUCUGAGCGUGUUACUCCGCGUCUGGAUCGCCGGAAGCGUGCCAUUGCUCGAGAGGAUAUUCUGAAGCAAGCUGAAAUGAUUAUACAGGAUUUUGGGCACUCAAAGGCUCUACUUGAGAUUCAGUAUGAGAAUGAAGUUGGUACGGGUUUGGGACCAACACUGGAAUUCUAUGCUCUCGUUUCCACCGAACUGCAACGAUGUGAUUUGAGCCUGUGGAAUGGCAGUGAUAGCUACAAGCAGCAUUCGUCAACGAUUGCUGAUGUCGUAAAGUCUGGACUCAAUCAGAUUGAGGAUGAAUCAUCUCAGUUGAGUAGCAGUGGAAUGGCGGCUGUUAUUAGUUCAGAAGGGAGUCUCAAUAUGCUGAUUGAGCAAUCGGAUCAAAUGCUGGGAGAUACAACAGAACCCUCACCACCGCAUCAGUCUCAUCAUGGAGGCGGUGGAGGAGGUGGAACUGGUGAGGAUAAUCGAAUGGGAUCACCAUUGCCGCAGCAUUCACCGGCUGUUACAUACGUCAAUGCACCCCAUGGACUCUUUCCCAUUCCUCUCGGCAAGACGUCCAAACAGCAACAGAUCAAUCGUGUCAAGGGGAAGUUUAGGUUCCUGGGAAAGUUUAUGGCUAAGGCUGUUAUGGACAGUAGAAUGUUGGACCUUCCAUUCUCAAUUCCUUUCUAUCGAUGGCUGUUGGGCGAAGAGCAUGCCCUGAAUCUUCAAGAUUUGGCUCAAAUAGCACCAGAGGUGCAAACAACAUUGGUGCGUCUUCAGGAGAUUGUCCGUCAGAGAGAUUUAAUCCUUCAGUCGACAUCUCUCGACGCCAUGGAGAAGACUGAAAAGAUCGAAAGUUUAGACCUCGAUGGUUGUCCCAUAGCAGACUUGGGAUUGGACUUUGUUCUGCCGGGCUACGCUAAUAUUGAACUCCGCCGUGGCGGUCGGGAUAUUCCUGUGACAAUUCACAAUCUCCACCAAUACAUUGCUCUUGUGUCCUUCUGGUUCCAAGUUGAAGGAGUCCAGAGGCAGUUUGAGGCUCUCCGAGAAGGGUUCGAUAGUGUUUUUCCAUCGCAUCGCUUGAGGAUGUUCUAUCCGGAGGAACUGGAGAAUGUCUUCUGUGGCUCCGGAGCGGCUCAGAAUGUGCAAAAGUGGGAUGUGAGGAUGCUACAGGAGAGCUGCCGGACAGAUCAUGGAUUUACGCAAGAUUCCAAGGCGAUUCAGUACUUCUAUGAGAUUCUCAGUUCCUAUAGUCGUGAGGAGCAACGUUUGUUUUUGCAAUUUGUCACUGGGAGUCCACGUUUGCCAACUGGUGGCUUCAAGGCUCUCACUCCGGCCCUCACGAUUGUCCGGAAGACACUGGACAGCAAUCAGAACCCAGAUGACUAUUUGCCAUCCGUGAUGACGUGUGUCAACUACCUCAAGCUGCCGGAUUACAGCAGUCGCGAUGUGAUGAGGAAUAAAUUGAGAACGGCAGCCAGUGAAGGGAGUAUGUCGUUCCAUUUAUCCUAAAAACAAAAAGAAAAGAAAAGAACAAAAAAAAAACACAAACAAAAGAAACGACAAAGGAUGCGCGGAAGAAAAUAUUCUAGUCCGACAAUUCUCAUUUGUGGUUAAUCCUAACCUACUUAUAGUUUUCUCUGAUGGCCUCAUUUGGACACGAGUGAGUAGAUGAAAAAAAAACAAAUUAUUUCUUUCGAAAAACAAAAAACACAAUCACAUUAACUUUUGCUCAGAAUUUUAGUGUGCAAUUUCUUUUUAAAUUAAUUUUUGGUAUUAGAACCUUCUAAAGAUUUUAAAAUGGAAAAAGGAAAACUUUCCUCAUGCGACGACCUAUUAAGCAGAAAAAAAAUAAAUAAAUACAGAGAAAAAAAGACGACGCAUAGUAAAAUCAGAGAUAAAAGAGCCAAAAUAAAUCUGUAAUAAGUUGAAGUAAAAUGAUAAAAUAAAUAAAUCCCAAUUUACACGCAGUUGAUUGAAUGAGCAACUUUUGAUGAGAUAAUAAUCGUGGAGAAUUUUGUGAUUUUAUAUAAAUAAUAAUUAUAAUUAAAAAAAAACAAAAAUAAGAAAAUAUAUGGAUUAAUAACAGUAGGAGUGAAAAAAAAUUAGCCCAUUAUCUGUUUUAUCCCCGUAUUUUUAAUCCCCUUCCUCCCUUUAAAAAAAAAGAAAAACUCAAAUUUAUUUGCCCACAAUAAAAAAAAAAAAAUAAAUAAUCGUCCCCCUUGUACAAAAGAAAAAAAAAAACAUUAAUGAAAAGGUAAAAAAUACUGUGUCCCCAAGCUCCUAGUUUUUAAGAAGAAAACAAAAAUAAAUAAAUAAAAAAGAAAAUGCGCAAAAUAAUUCGAAAAAAAAUGUGAGAAGAAAAUGAAAACACAAUAUUGAUAUAAAUUCGAGCUUUGAUCUCGUUUUACUAAUCUAAAUCUACGUAAUAUUAUUACAUUAUAAAAAAAAGAAUUAAGGAUGAUAUCAAAAUUUCAAUAUCCGAAUGAAAAAAGAAAAAAAAACUUUGCAAUUUUAUUUCAUGAAUAAACUUUUUUGUUCAAA